AUGAAUGAGUUAGUUAUUGACACACAGAAACGGUCAUUACCUGCGCUUUGGAAAUGCGUUCUGGUUGUAAUUGUGCUUUAUAUUUUACAAGGUGUAACUUUAGGUAUAAUUGAUGUUAUACCAUUGUAUUUAGUUUCGUACAAUUUGACGUGGAAACAGCAAGGAAUUCUAUCGAUUGCAAUGUAUCCUUUUUCCGUUAAAUUACUUUGGGCUCCUCUCAUCGAUGUACUCUAUAUUCGUCAACUUGGUCGACGACGAACUUGGCUAUUACCUGUUCAACUUUGCCUCGGUAUCAUAUUUAUUGUUCUCUCCUUUCAUCUGCAGAGACUAUUGAUUCAAUUACGUAUCGUCACACUGACUAUUGUUUUCUUUUGUAUUGUUCUAUUGAUUGCCACACAGGAUAUUUGUGUUGAUGGAUGGGCAUUGACUUUGUUUAGUUCAUCGGAUGUUAUUUGGCAAUCGAUUUCACAAAUGAUCGGACAACCGUUUGGUGCGUUUCUUGGUUCGUCCGUUCUUUUAACUUUUGAGUCCGGUAAUAUGACAAAUAGAUUAAUUCGUGAACCAUUCGGUAUUGCCAUACAAUCUUAUGGAUUAUUUACUUUAUCGCAGUUCGUACGAUUUUGGGGUGUGAUGUUUCUAAUCACGACACUAUCUGUCACCAUCUUGUUUCGAAAACAUUAUCAAGUCGCAGAAAUUACCGAUGAGUGUCAGAAUCGUUCGAAGCUGAAUCUAUGGGAGACAUACAUUUAUGUUGCGCGAUUGUUCAAAAAGAAAAGUUUCCUUCGAUUACUCUAUCUAAUCAUGGGACCACAUUUUGGCUAUGCAGCUAUGUCUGCUAUGACAUAUGUGACGUUGAUUAAUCAAAACGUGGUGAAGCGAGAAACAUUAGGUUUAAUUACCAUGCCGCUCAUAAUCGUUAAAGUUACUGUACCACUUCUUGUCUCUCAGACGAAACGACCGUUGAUUGUUUUUAGUUAUUUUCAUAUGCCUCGUCUUGUCCUCUCCUUUUGUAUAGCUGUAUUCAUCUUUUUUGCUUCGUAUUUACAUUCUUAUCCGAUUCUUUUCUAUGUAAUUCUCAUUUUCCUAUUGGCGUUGAGCGAUGCUCUGAUCUAUUUUCAAGGUUCAGCGCGUGGUGCUUUCUUCGCAUGUAUAAGCGAUAAACGUAUUGGCUCAACGUAUUACACAUUACUUGCCUCAUUGAAUAAUCUCGGUGUAUUUAUUUCAACGACUUUAGUUUUAUACACAGCUAACUGGUUACCGAAGAAACAUGCUUAUUAUAUUGAAGUUGGUAUUUGUCUUGUGCUUGGCUGUCUCUGGCUCGGAACAUCAUGGAAAUUGAUGUAUCGAUUGCAAGAGCUACCGGUCGAACGUUGGCACAUAAUGCGACGUAAGCAAAAGACUUCUGAAGAAUAUCAGCAACAUUGUAUGGAAGGUAGUGAUCAUGAAAAAAUAGAAUCGAUUGUUUCUGCUGGAGAAACGUAA